AGGGGGCGCCGGUGCGCCGCCUCCUCUCAUUCAUUUACGCCCGGGGAGACAAAUGGCGGAGUGGAGCUGUGGAGGCUGCAUCGGCUGAGCUGUUUGUGUUCCCGCACAGCGGCCACGCCGCGCCGAAGGUUGCCGUCUCGUCAGGAGGGCGCUGUGUUUAGAAACUGACUAAAGCUAAAGUCUUUCGGGGACUUGUUGUUAUUUAUGUGUUUAUUUAUUUGCUUUUUCCUCCGAACGAGGGGCGAGCCACGAAAACAAGUCGGACAUGAACGGGGAAGUGGUCUGCAGCACUCCUCCCUUCUUAAGCUGCUCCAAGUCGCUGUUGGCGGUUCAGGGCGAGAAAGCGAACAUCAGGCUGACGCAGGAGGGCCGGCACUCCCCCGUCGGCUCCCUGCAGAGCGAUGCUCCGAGGCCGACUGAGGGCAGAACAGCGGACACCAACAGCGUCCCGCCACGACACUCGAAGGCUGAACUUCCCGACUCUCACGGCGGCUACAGCCAGUGCUCCCCCUGCUGGCCGGAUGAACAGCCGUCUCCUCCGCAGCUCCACUGGACUCAGACGUCCCUCCGGCCUCCGCCCGACACCGCCCGACUCCUCUCCAAAAGCUUAUCUCCAGCUCCACUCCACAGCAACAACGGCGACGCGCUCCGGGCCCAGCAGAGGAGAGGAGCGCUGACCAUCGGCAGGGGGAAGAAAACCUCACGGAGAACCAGGAUGGAAGGAAAAAACUCCCAAAACCGAAAGGUUACGGACUAUUAUCCAAUCAGACGAAGCUCAAGGAAAAGUAAAACGGAGCUGAAGUGUGAACGCAAGAAGCUCAUCGAUGAACUCAUCAUUAAAGGAAUUGAGGAAGGAAUGGAGGUGCAGUAUAUAGAAGGAAAGGGGAGGGCCGUGUUCGCCACGCGGUGUUUCCAGAAAGGAGACUACGUGGUGGAGUAUCACGGCGACCUGCUGCAGAUCACCGACGCCAAGAAGAGGGAGGCCGAAUACGCCGAAAACCCAGCCACCGGCUGCUACAUGUACUACUUCCAGUACCUCUGCAAAACAUACUGCGUGGACGCCACCAAAGAGACGGGUCGAAUGGGUCGGCUGAUCAACCACAGCAAAACCGGGAACUGCCAAACCAAACUCCACGACAUCAACGGCACGCCUCACCUCAUACUCGUGGCCUCGCGAGACAUCGACAAGGGGGAGGAGCUGCUGUACGACUACGGAGACCGCAGCAAGGCGUCCAUCGCCGCCCACCCGUGGCUCAAAUACUGACGCACAGGGAAGAGCCCGCUCCGCUCACUCUUGUGUUUCUUACUAGCUAGUGUACAAAAUGCCUUAGAAACGGAAGGUGUUCCUGUUGUCGGACGCUCGGCGGGUUGAUUUCACGAGGUACCGGUCACAUUUCGAACGCGGAGGAUCUCUGUUCUUUUAUUUAUACGUUUCUCGUUUGUUUUGCAGCUGCUUUAUUUUGUACAUUUUUGUACCGCUACAGAACAACACCUCCAGGUUUUUUUAUAUAGCUUUUUAUUAAAUUAGUGGUUAGAUACGUAGCAAUACUUCAAUCUUUGGCCCCUGAGCUCUUUCUGAACGAUGAGAUGCAAACUAUAAACUCUUUUUAGGAAAUACUCCACAAAGUUUUGAGGUUUCCACAAAAAAAAAAAAUGUUUUCUCACUGGAUGAAUUGUUGACGUGCAGGAAACUUGUGUUUAACAUGCAAAAAGAAAUGAAUUGUCUGAAAAUAUAUUUUUUGUUUUAGGAUAUAUUUUUUAAUAAAGCGUUCAUUUGAAUUCCAAUAGAUUCUGCUGCGCUUUGCAGACUUUCAGCUCUUUUAAUUCAAAAACAUAAAGUUUUCAUUUCUCCAUAAUCUCAACUGGCUCACAAAGUCGGUUUAAAACCUAUUUUUUCAAACAUCAGCAGUAUUUAUUGCUCUAAAUAUGUUAUUUCUAUUGUUUUUUUUAACCAAAAUCUUUAUUUAUUUUGUGUUUAGGGUUUCUGGGGUCACGCCAGUCGCAUAUUUAUGUCUGAAACAUGAACACAAACCAGAUUAUGUGAUGUUGUGCCGACCCGUUCGGGUUAAGAAAAUCUGAAUCUCAUUCUGAGGAGAAAGAAACCACAAAGAAAACGUACAAACUAAUCCAAACCAUUUACACUCAACGUCUAAAAUGAAAAACAUUGUUAAAUAGAGUAAGUGAUAAUAUAAAUAAAUAAAUUUUAAACCUUAAAUCCCAAAAUUACAUUGAAGAACUUCAAUUAAAUUACUCCGUUUUUGAUUGUGAGAACAAGCGUUUCACAGGUUUAUCUGAUGUUAUCCAGUUUUACGAAUAAGAGUCUUAACAUGUUUAAAAUUCAACAUAAUUGGAUUUUUAAAAAUAAUUUAUACCUGUUUAACAUGUUGUUUUCUGCCCAAAUUAGUCUUAUUUAUUAGAAGUACUAAGCCUAAAAACCAAAAUUAAAUAUUAAAAUAUAUGAAUUGUAUCUGGAUUACUAAUUAGAUUCAGCCAUAAUCUAUGAAAAAAAACAAUUUGCUGGUUGACUAAACUGUAAACAAAACACCAAAGAAAACAAAUCAGUGCUGAAAAAUGUGAUAUAGGAAUUUACAGGCAAAUUAAAGUGAUAAAUCCAGGUAAACUGUGUAGAAAUGUUUAAAUAUAUGAAUUUAUUUGUGACCAGGUCAAAAUAAAAAUAAAAUCUACAAUUUUAUUAAACAAUUUAAAAAAAACAACUCAAUUUUCCCAUUUAAAUGAUGGGAGAUCAUUUUAACUGAUGCUCAAAAAAAAAGGAAAGUUUUUGUAAAAAUGUGUAUUUAUGGUUUCUUUUAGUAUUGAUACAAAGACUAUUGAUAUAUUUGAUUCAUCUGAUUUGAAGUAAGCUAAACUGUAAAAAGAAAAGGGUGAUAUUUAAAAUUCAAAAAAAUGUUAAAAAGUUUCAGGUACUGUAAGGUAAGAAAAGUUAGCUCAGCCGACAGGUUAGCUAAGCUAAGAAAAGUUAGCUAAGCGAUCAGGGGUUAGCUCAAUUAACUUUAGCUAACAGAUUAGUUCAGCUAAGAAAAGUUAGCUCAGUGAUCAGAGGGUAGCUAAGCUAACCUCUAUAAACUCAUUUAACAGAUUAGUUCAUCUGACAGAGGUUAGCUGUGCUAAUCUGUUAGCUAAACUAUCAUAGGUUAGCUCAGAUAACCUCUGAUAGUUUAGCUAACAGAUUAGUUCAGCUAAGAAAAAUUAGCUCAGUUAUCAGAGGGUAGCUAAGCUAACCUCCAUUAGCUCAUCUCACAGAUUAGCUCAGCCGACAGAAGCUGUCUGAGCUAAUCUGUUAGAUAAGCAAUGAGAGGUUAGCUCAUCUAACUUCUGAUAGCUUAGCUAAAGAUUAGAUUAGUUUACCUCUGAUGGCUGAGCUAACUGGUUAGCUCAGCCGACAAAGGUUAGCUACAAUGAGAAAAAUUAGCUAAGCUAUGAUCACUUGGCUAACAGAGUAGCCAAGCUAACCUCUAUUAGCUCAUCUAACAGAUUAGCUCAGCCGACAGAAGCUAGCUAAACUAAUCUGUUAGCUAAACUAACAGGUUAGAUCAGUCGACAAAGGUUAGCUAGGCUAAGACAAGUUAGCUUAACCAACCUCUGAUAGCUUAGUUAACAGAUUAGCUCAGCUAACAGAGAUUGGUUUAGUCAUCUUCCUUUUCACAGUCUAAUCUAUUAAUAGAUUUAGCUCUAAAUCUAUAAAUUAAUAACAAAGCUGGAUUUCUUUUUUAAUUGUCUUAAUGACUAUAAGUAAAACAUCAUAAAUCCAUGGAGUUGGAACAAUUCUGCCUGCUACGGUGGUCCCAGUGAGUUAAGAAAAUGGAUGGAAGUUCAGUAUGAAGAUCCCAGUUAGAGCGGCCAUAUUGGAUUUAUUUUUCUACCCUUUGAACAAGUCAUUUAAAAUUACGUCAACCUCACCGUGCGAAUCUCAUCCGGUGUCAAUGCCCCAUUAUGACUUCAUGACAGUUGUGGUACCUAACAGCUGUUAGCCUGUGUGCAUUUGAGGGUUUGGUUAGCAUGUGGCUAAGCUAAACCCUGUUAGCUGUAUCUCAGUUUAAAGGCAGAAUCCUCAUUUCCAUACAAUAAUUUGGGGCAAAAGAAUGAAAUCUUUCACGUUAGAAACAUUGAACCGUUUAUUUGAUUUUUGUUUUAUUUAUUUUUUGCAGCUUUGAUUGAAAAUGUCAAAAUCUGUUCAUUCAAGCGGGCCAUUUAAAUGUAUGCAAGGAAAUGUUUCAGGAAAACGCGUCCCUCUCUUAGUAGCAAUGUUACUGGCGUUAAAUGUUUGAACUUUUCUCAACUGUUACACUUGAUUUGUUGUUCUUUUUUUAAGUGAAACUAAUGCAAUAAACAUCAGAGGAAGAAACUGGCCUGUUGGUCAUUUUAAGACAUUAUAAAUAUUGGCUGUAAAGAACAUUUUAAUACUUGGUUUCAGGCAUUGACAAAUAAAUAUGUAUUAUGCAAACAACAAAA